UUUGUUUUGUCAACUUUAGUAACUGGCUUAAAGAAUUCUGUCAUUGUGGGAAAUAAUUCUGAAUACUUGUCUAACUUGACCAACUGGAUAAAACCCAUUAAGAGUGACAGUGAUUGGAAACUCUGCUGGAGAGCAUCACGUGAUGGCUGGCAUAGCAGUCGAUUCCAUUCCCUAUGUGACGAGAAAGGACCAACAGUUACUAUUGUAAAGGUGGGAAAGUACAUCUUUGGAGGCUACACCAGUUUAUCAUGGAGUAAGUAUUCUAGUCUUAGUUUGCGUGUUUAAAAGUGUCUGGAUUGUCACAUUUCAGUUGUACUAUUUAUUUGACGUUUCAUUUUUCUUUUUCCUAGAGUUAUAAUUUGUUGAAACUGGCACAUGCAUUUUUAUUCGUUUGUGGCCUUAGUCCAAGUUGAACGAUCAAAAAUAGAAGUUUUAUUAGUUGAAGGCAUUCGAAACCCGAUUCUCGAAUGUAUUCUCGAAUCCUUGGGUAACGAAUUAGGUUUAACGCGUUAUUGUGGAAAGCCAUCAAAGAUUUUCGAAAACGCUGACGGCAUAUAGCUGUCGGUUAUCAUACAUGACCUGGCUGCAUGCAUUACCAAACAACAACACGGUAAUAUUAACAACAACACUUCCAAGAUUUGGCCAGCUGGAAACGAAAAUUUACCACCAGACAUGCGUUGUCGAUGGCUGAGACGGUGGAAGCUUAAAAUGGUGAAUGUGUGGACCCUGAGCUUUUGAUGAGUUUAUAUUAACCCGAAAACGCCUAAGGUUUUGGGAAACGCAUUAGUGAACAUGCUGGCCUUACAGAGACGAUUUGUUGGAUUCUUUCUAUUCUUCAUUUAGCUUCUAAUUGCUUUGGCUAUCAGUACGAUCCACAAGCCUUUUUGUUCUCGCUGGUAAACAAGCCAGGAUGGGCACCUGUAAAAUUGAAUCAGAGAGGAUUCUAUGGCUAUCUCCAAGCGCAUUCCCUAUACACCUGUUACUUUAAUGGUCCUACGUUUGGAGGAGGUCAUGACUUAAAAGUCUCUACAAACAGUUAUUAUUCAAAUCUCGGCCACACGUACAGUCCACCGAGCGGCUACAGCUAUGGAAGCGUUUUUGCCCAAAGAUUCCUGGCAGGAAGGUAUCAAUUCAAUCCGGAUGAAAUAGAAACGUUUUACGACGCAGCCUUUACAACACAAGGUGGGUUCGAGGAUAAGCUAGAGUCACUAUAUAUUAUAAAUAAUUUUCCAGGAAUUUUAAAAAAUCAAGCCAAUCUAGCCAUUUUAAAAAGUUGCAAGGAUUGAUCAAAACCCUAAUUUCAACAACAAAUUUUCAACGUAUAUCUUCUUCAGAACUUUUGCUUUCAUGUCAAAAACGCCUAAAAAUUGGUUACCGUUCUUGCUUGGGACGCGUAAAACCAACUUAAGGCCGUUAAUACACCCUUGUAAAUGUUUCUGGCCUCCGUCAUGCCAGGCAUUAAACCUCGAUAUAACCCUUAUAAGGAAGGGUCAAGGGACUGGCAAAAUUCUUCGCUGUAACGAGGUUUCGUUAUACAUCAAGGUUCUUUUCCAUAUAUUUUACUAUUACUGGGUUAAAGAAAUUCUUUCUUUCUUUCGGACUUCGGUAUAUAGAGGUUCAUUAUACGGAGGUACCCACUUUUACUAAUUGCAAUCAGGCAGAUUUCUAAAACAAAUAUUGAUAGAUGAAAACAGCAGACUUCACGGCUAACAGGUUACACGUAGCUACGGUUGAUCUAAAAAAGAUGUCAUAAAUUCGUUGGAAAAUUUCAUGCCAGGCUCAUGACAUUCAUUGAAACGAUUUUGAAAUUCAAAUCUUCUAGAAGGAAACAUAAGCGCGCUAUUAGUUGAGGAGACAAUAUAAAAACCUCAAGUACUGACCACGCUAUCUAAAAAACGUCCACAACUUCAGCAAGAACAAUCAGUCCAAGUUACACAGCUUCAACGACGGUGUCGCCAAGUUUAUCGCCAUUCCAAAAGAACUUUACCCUUUUAUUUCUAUACAUCUCGUCGGUUAAACGGGUUUAUACAAAAAUUGAUGUAGUUCUCCAUUUAUUAUUUUCAUAUUUUUCUCUUAAUGAGCCUCCAUGACGUUUGUUAUGUUUGUUUACAGACCUGUAGAAAACCAAAAAAAGACACUCUGAUAUCAGCCUUCUUUAAUAAUUAGCAAACGCUAUAAGUAUCUCUGUACAUGCACCUGUUAAAGGCGGGCGUACAAUCUUAAGCUAUCUUACGCUGAAGUUUAAAGUGUUUCGAUACAGUUUUUCGAAGACCAUGCCAAGAUUUUUCAAACGCCUUAAAAGUAAUUUUAUCCUCACUUGUCCGAUCGCUAUGAAAUUAUCACCACGGACUGAUUUUGGAUUGAAGUUUCUUAAAAUUUAGUUUGAUAAAUAAAAUCGAUAUCACUAUGACAAAAACAAACAAUUAAAACGUUGAAAUCGGUAAAAGCCGAAUUAUGCGCGAUCUAGGCUAGUCCUGCUACUGAAAAUCCCACAUCAGGAACUUAAAGUUUGCUUUUUAGCAAACAACCUCCGAGAGAAGUAAAAAAAUCUGUAUGUUUGAAUUGCAAUAAAACGUAAAUUUAAUUUAAACCUUAUAUUUUCAAUAGCCGUUAUAAAUUAUGUAGUAAAAAAGUUCUGAAUUACUCAAACUAAUCUUAUUAAAUAGCGUCAGAAUUUAUUAUCUUAUUUCAAUGCUACGAAAUUUUGGUGUAUUUUCCAGAUUUUCUUUUGCGUAUUUGAAAACUAACCUUUUUUGUCACCACCUGUGUAAGUCAGCAACUUUAUUGUUCUAAAUGUUGACUUUUAUCUCUUUUCUAUAUAUUGAACGGCUCAACAGAAUUCUUUUUAAACCUCAUCACCAAAUCUUCACGAUGUAUAUAAUAAUGUUUGAAACUUUCACGAGGUUUCAUUGAUUCACUUCAACACCUUUAAAUUUUAAGACGAACCUAACAUACAAACAUGUCAAAAAUCCGCGUUACAACGUUCACUGCUUUGAUGUUACGCUAGUGUUUCCAACGGCCCACCGUACAUUUCAGCGAGGGGACUUUAGGGAGUUAAAAUCCAAAUUUUUUCCGGAAAAGCAUGCCCCCUCGGCCGAAAUCGGUCAGUCAACCUCGAUCCGCGCCUGCAUCCAAUGAUCUUUCUUUAUUAAACACAUUUUUAUGGUAUCGUUUUUGUUUUGUCCACUUUAGAGAUUGGCUUAAAUAGUUCUGUCAUCGUGGGAAAUAAUUCUGAAUACUUGUCUAACUUGACCAACUGGAUAAAACCCAGAAAUGAAAAUGAUUGGAAACUCUGCUGGAGAGCAUCACGUGAUGGUUGGCGAAACAAUAAAUUCCAUUACUUAUGUGACGAAAAAGGACCAACAAUUACUAUUGUAAAGGUUGGAAAGUAUAUCUUUGGAGGUUACACCAGUUUAUCAUGGAGUAAGUAUCUCAGUUAACUUAUUUAAGUAACUGUUUUCUGGCCUUGGUCCCAGUUCCAACGAUCCAAAAUAGAACUUUAAAUGAAGGUAUUCGAAACCAUUCUUGAGUGUAGGAUCUUUGGGAAACGAUGGUUUAUCGCGUUAUUGUGAAAGGCCAUAAUCAAAGAUUUUCGAAAACGCUGACGGCAUAUAGCAGCGAGGUAGGAAAGAAAAUUUACCACCAGACAGACAUGAGUUUUCGAUAGCUCGGUGAGGACGCUUAAAAUGACUGAUCUGAGGACCUCGAGCUUUUGAUGAGUUUAUAUUAACACGAAAACGCCGAAAGUUUUGGGAAACGCUAUUAGUGAACAUGCUGGCCUUAAUUUACAGAGACGUUGUGUUGGAUUCUUUCUAUUCGUUAUUUAGGUUCUCGUUGCGUUGGCUAUCAGUACGAUCCACAAGCCUUUUUGUUCUCGUUGGUAAACAUGCCAGGAUGGGCACCUGUAAAGUUGAAUCAGACAAGAUUGUAUGGCCAUUACCAAUCGCAUUCCAUAUACAACUGUUACACGACGUUUGGCCCUAUUUUUGGAGGAGGUCAUGAUUUGUAUAUUUAUUCCCACAAUUCUUAUUCCAAUCUCGGCUACACGUACAGUCCGCCGAGCGGCUACAUCUUUGGAAACACCUUUGUUCAUUCAUUCCUGGCAGGAUCGUAUCAUUUCAAUCCGGAUGAAGUAGAAACGUUUUACGACGUAGCGUUUACUUCACAAGGUAAAGGUUCGAGGAUGAGCUAGAGUCACUAUAUAUUAUAUAUAAUUUUCCAGGAAUUUUAAAAAAUGAUAUAUAAUCUACCCAUUUUAAAAAGUUGCAGGGAUUAAUUAAAAACAAAUUAAAGAUUAAUAAAGACGCCCGCGACAACAAAUUUUCAACGUAUAUCUUCUUGUGAACUUUUGCUUUCAUGUUAAAAACGCCUAAAAAUUGGUUACCGUUCUUGCUUGGGACGCGCUGUAAAACCAAGGUCGUCUGAAUACACCUUGCUAAGUGUUUCUGGCAUCUGCCAUGCCAGGAAUUUUUAAAUUCAAAACCUAAAAUUUAAAAACCUCGAUAUGACGAAGGGCCGAGGGACUGGCAAAAUUUGUUCACUGUAUCGAAAUUUCGUUAUGUAUCAAGGUUCUUUUUGAUAUAUUUUACUGUUACUGGGGCACAGAAAUUCGUUUGUUAUAGCGAGGACUUCGCUAUAUAGAGGCUCGUCGGUUAAAUCGAGGUUCCACUGUAUACCUACUUUUACUAAUUGCAAUCAGGGAGAUGUCUAAAACAAAUAUCGAUAGAUGAAAACGGCUGACUUCACGGCUAACAGGUGACAGGUAGCUACGGUUGAUCUAAAAAAGAUGUCAUGAAUUCGUUGGAAAAUUUCGCGCCAGGCUCAUGAUCAUGAUAUUCUUUGUACCGAUACUGAAUUUCAAAUCUUUUAGAAGAAAACAUAAGCGCGCCGCGGUUGAGGAGACAAUAGUGAGCUAAGCAACAACGACGGCGACGGCUACGAAAACGUCACUUAAAAAGUGAAUUCGCACCGCUUCAAACUUUAUCGCGCUUAUUCCAUCUCGUGUUACUUCGUCAAAUGUUGGCAAAUGUUUUUGGAGUUGAAUUCUAAAGGACUGUAUCAACGUUCAGGAAAAGAAAAGAAAGUUGUUGUCUUGUGUUCCCGUCCUCGACAAAACAUGAAUUCAGGCACUUUCACGUUGUAUUCGGGCAACGACGGCAAAGAAAUGUACAAAAAAAGCGUGAUGCACGUGCAAAGUUGUUGUUUUGCUAAUCAAACCUAUUGCUUUUUUGCCGUUUUCGUUGCCUUCCGCGUCGUCGUUGCUUAAGCUCCCUAAUAUAAACCUCAACUACUGACCACGCUAUCUAAAAAAAUUCCACAGCAGCAACAAGAAAAAUCAUUCCAAGUUACACGGCUUCAGCUAGUGCGUCACCAAGUUUAUCACCAUUGGUUGUUUUCACAGAUAUUAAACUUUAGAGUUUUAUAGUAUAGACUGGGACAACUUUUGGUAAAAAGCCGCUAAUAAAACGUCUGUCGGCAAACUCGAGGAAAAGUUGGUAAAUACUUUUUUCUAGAUGAAAAUUACGUGCUGAACACGAAAAAUUUGUUUACCAAGCUUGAUUUUGAGUUUUUAACCACAAAAUCUGACCUCGAAAAAAAUGAGCUUAUUUCUGGUAUUUCUGGACAUGGAAACGAGGCUAAAAUUUUCCCCGCUUUUCAAAACCACAUUUGACUCAAAUUAUUGCCCCAAAUUAGCUAACUGUAAUUUUUUUUGUUAUGAAAUAAACUAAUAGACGGUUGAAGCCUGAAAAAAAGUUAUUUGGAAAUUCAGAGACGCUAGUGAAAGAAGUUGACGAGUGUGUUCGUCGUAUAACUAUCUGAAGGAAACAUUUUCUUUUAAAUAAAACCAGUUUUGAUUAAGGAUGAACUAUGCCAAGGGUAUUUUUAAUAAGGAAUAUAUUUCAGUUAGUACAAAAGGUCUUCAUCAGGACUAGUGACAUCUGGUGCGAGCAUUAAAACAAAAAUAGAUCUGGCAGCAAAAAGGUUGCGCCAAGUUUUAUCCUGCGUUGUGUUUCCCUCAUUCAACGAUUUUAUAUCGUCCAUCUUCUUACCAAUGUAUAGCUUAAAACAAAUCACUACCCCAACGUUAAUGGAUGGAAAACUUGUAAAAAAUGUUCUUUUGCUACGAAGAUUAUCAAAUAAGUAAACCCAUUUUAAUGCUUGAAGCUUUGACUUUGCCUAGGAAACGAAAGUCAGUGCAGCGUGUCAUAUGUUUGUUUCAACAGAAAGGUAGCCGCUGAAUUUUAUUUUUCGUUUUCCUCCAUUUAAUUAAUGAUUUUAUGUAGUCGAUCUUUUAAGUACUUUUUAACAGUAAAGCUUUAAGCAAGUCACUUCUCCAGCACUGUGAUUUUUGAUGGAUGGAUAACUUGUUUUUAAAAACCCUUUUUGCUGGCCCGAAAAAAACCAAACAAACCCAUAUAAAUGCAUGAAGCGUUGGCCCUGGCUAGAAAACGAAAGUCAGGCUCUACGUUUCAUUCCAAAAACCAUUCUGCUCAUUCGAGUUACUUUUAUUAUGGAGAGUUGCAUGGAAAGAUUGUUUUCGUGGAUUACAUGAUUUUUAAUGUUGGAGAAGCAGCUAAGUUGGAAGAGAUCUGCCCUUACACCCUCCUUCAGUAAAUGCAUUAUAUGCCAGGAAACGAAAAAAGAUAUCUUCUUUAACGCAAUACAGCAAGGCCUGCGUUACUGAAAGAGUCCUCUGAAGAACAAAGAAAAUUAGGAGACACAAACAAUACAGAUGUAACAGACGCGAUAUUGGAGGCAAUCGAAGCAAAACAAAGCUGACGAUUUAAGCUUGCACAAGAGCUGCUAUGCAAAGUAGACUGAUAAGGGUAAGAUAUAAUUAAGUAGAUUAAGGAAAUCGCUUGAUUCGUCGAAGGAUACCCAUCCACUGCCAGAAAUGGCUGCAAGUUCAGCUCUCAGCAGCAAAAACUCUUCUAUCGAAUGGGAACUGUGUAUUUUUUGUUAAGACGGGUCAAUGCUUAAAAAGCAAAUACUGUUCUCAGUGACAACGUUUAAAAUGAGUCAGCGGAUACUUGUUGGAGCAAAGUGUGACCACGACCUUUCAUUGCGUUUGUCAGGUGUGAAUGACCUAAUUGUGGCUGAGGGCAAGUAUCAUUCCGUGAAAUUGCUAAUUUUAACGAAGUAUAUCUCGAUCAAUAGAUAUAGCUAAAGAUGACCGUGCCGCAGUGUUGUUGUGGCUUGUUGCUGCAUCAGGCAAACUGACAUCUUCAACGUCAAUCAACAAGCAGAAACGGUUCUUGAGAGAUUAAAGAACAUGGUUACUAAGGACGUGGCAACCACACAGAUAGAUGAGAAUCUCUGUUGAAAGCAGGCAGCCUCGGCCAGAAACAACUGGACACUUUUGUUAAAGAAAGGCUUAUGAUCCCAAACGAAGAUGAGAAUUGUAAGAAGCUUAGGGAUCCUCUUCCCAAAAGUAAAGCCGUGACAUUUGUUUCUCCUUAUGAGGCUGAAAAGAAAGAAAGAGAAAAGUCUGCCGCUAUCGAAACUGACAGAAUGGUCCUCCAGGGCAUCAUUACAGCGUACGAUGCUGGUAGAAGAGUAGAUUUGCUUCAGCUACGAGUUAGUCUCUGUUUCGCUUGCUAUCGCAGAUACCAAUGGUCAGCCACAAUCUGGAAAUCAAUCCGUGAUAAUAGAGCUGCUGUCUUGGGUGGGAUGGAACAUCCUCGGGUCACACCAGUCCCAGGACGUUCGACAAUAGUAAUUGCCGGUCAAGAAUUAGUCAUGGCUCUAGGAAGACCAUCAGAGUGUAACAAAUUCGACGAUCUCGUAGAUAGAUUUUUGAAAGCUGCCCUUGUCUGUGGAAAGGACUAUGACCGGAUAGAUGUUGCAUUUGAUGGGUACAGGGAAGCCAUCUUUCCUUUUCAUGCGCUAACAGGCUGUGAUACGGUCUCUUUCUUUGCUAAGCAUAGCAAGAAAACUGCCUGGAAGGCAUUUGCUCAUCACCUCAUCACCAAACGCUAUUGGAAAGUUUUGCAGAUGGAGACCUGGAUGACACGACUGUGAAGUCCGUAGAAAAAUUCAUUUGCAGUGUACAAUGCUGCUAAUGCAGAGGGAUGUGAUAAAGCACGUGCGACGUUGUUUGGUUGGUGCAGAUUCCCAGAGGCACUUCCCCACACAAGUGAUGCAGCAUGAUGGCAUAUUACUAGCGCACGCUUUCAAGCAAUGUUAUGGAGACAAGCCCAUAAAACGAACCCCACCCUCCCACUUCCAGAAACCAUGGGAUGGACUAAUUCUGAUGACGGAAAGCUCGUGCCUAAGUUAAUGACUCUUGCCCCUAGCCUGUACCCGAAAGCUGUACCGAGAUGAUUACCUGUAGCUGCAAAUCAGGAUGUUCAACAAAUAGGUUCAGCUGCCGGAAUGUUAGACUGCCGUGUACAGGAGCAUGAAAAUGCAGAAGCACUGAAGAUCUCAAUUGCAGAAAUGAAGUUGAUGGUAAUGUCAUUGCAAACCAAGGACAGUAAAUGGUACAGUUUAGCAGAACAAAGCGUUUAGCUUCUCUAACAAAUUUUUAUUCUUGUUUUAUAAUUGUCUAUGGACUAAUAACGGUUUUUUUUUAAUUUUCGUCCUGUAGGAUGUCUGAUGUUUACAAUAUCAAUUUAGGUCUUAAAUAUGUUUCAGAAGCUGACAUCAGACGCAUCUAAAAUGGCUGCAAUCAAUCGAAUGUUAUGACCUUCCUUCUUAGUUAUAAGUACAGCAUGUAUCCAGAAUGGUUAGGGCGUGAAAGUUAAAAGUAGUUUUAAGAAAAUGCAGUUUUUGUUAAUUAUUUCAAGGAUUUUGCAAACAUCUAGAAAUUCAAUACUUGAAAAUGGAAGUAAGGUGUCUGCAAUAUAUAGAUCGCAAACUUACUGUAAAUAUCUUAGGAAAUAGCUGAAAAUUAAAUUUCUAUAGCUGCUGUAACUAUUGGAGCGAAUUGCUGGAUUGGUAAUUUUUUUCUUUUUUGACUGUGCCGUCAAAUUUGUCAAAAUUCUGAAUAGCCUAUAACCCCGUUUUCAAUGGUCACGUGACUAGAAAAAUCACGUGAUUUUCAGACGGUUUCUGCGAGGUACUGUAAGUAAUAAGUUGUAUCAGUUACCUGUUGAUCUGAACGAAUUUUAUCCGUUAGAGAGUACUCUGCAUCCUCAUACAACAUGCAGCCUCGUUUUCAUGUCACAAUUUAUUAAUACUAACCUUAACGGCUGAUUUCAAGGUCUAAAUGGUGGAACCAACCUUGGUAAACAAAAUUUUCGUGUUCAGCGCAUAAUUCGCAUCUAGAAAAGUGUGUUUACCAACUUUUCCUCAAAUUUGCCGACAGAAGUUCUCUUUUGCGAAAGUUACCCCAGUCUAGUAGAAGUCUACUCUGUGUCAAUUCAGUUCGAGGAUUAUCUAUCGCCACUAUAUGUUAUAUCAGUAUAGUUUUCAGGAAUUUUAGGAAAUAAUAAGUGAUCUAGCCAUUUUAAAAGUUGCAAAUUCUCAACGUAUAUCUUAAUUUUCUUCUGAACUUUUCCUUUGGUGUCGAAAACGCCUUAACAUAGAGUUAUCAUUCUUGCUUUGGACGCGUUAAACCAAGGGCGUUAUAAAAUACACCUUAGUAAGUGUUUCUGGCAUCCGCCAUUAGGCAUCAAACCUCGAUAUAACGAAGGCGGGGCCAAGGGACUGGCCAAAUUUGUUCGCUGUAACGAGGUUUCGCUAUAUCAAAUAAAGAAAUUCGUUCGUUAUACCGACGCGAGGACUUUGCUAUUAUAGAGCUUCGUUAUAGCGAGGUUCCACUGUACUGACGUUUGCUCAGAAUUGCAAUCAGUGAGAUGACUAAAAAAAUAUCAAUAUAUGACAACGGCUGGAAGGCUAACAGGUGACAGGUAGCUACGGUUAAUCUAAAAAAGAUGUUAUAAAUUCGUUGGCAAAUUUCCCUCCGGGCUGAUGAUGUUCAUUGUAACGAUUCAGAAUAUGGAAUCUUUUAGACGAAAACAUAAGAGCGCCCGUUAGUUGAGGAGACAAUACAAACCUCAACUACUGACCACACUAUCUAAAAAAAUUCCACAGCUGCAACAAGAAAAAUCAUUCCAAGUUACACGGCUUCAGCUAGUGCGUCACCAAGUUUAUCGCCAUCAGUUAGUGUCAGUGCAUCGGUUUCACCAAGCACUUCACCGUCAGUCAGAGCAAGCGUCCCACUCCUUUCAUCAGGUGAGUUUGAGGAGUUAAACACCCUGCCUUUUGUGGAAGUUCGUUUAAUUGAGCGAGUUACUAUAAGAUACCAUUUUUAUCAGCGUUGUUGCAAAUGAAGUAAAGUAGUUCAGUUAAACGUUAUUUUUAGUUCAUAAUGAGCUAUCUGUGGUAAUCAGUUGGUCAGUGAUGUUAAGUAUGAAAGCACUUAAAGUAAGUUUGAGCGAGGUUUCCGUCAGACUUACAGAAAGGGGGCAGCAGGAGUGAUAAGGCUGGAUUCAACCCUUAAGGUUAUUCUCAGAUAUAUUUUGAAAAGAUUUUGAGACAAAACCUCUUAUUCUAAGUAGCUGUUCAUUUUAAUGUUAAGGGUUAUAUUUUAUAAUAACGUAAAGUUUAUUUAUUUGAUAACCGUCUCGUUUCCUAUCUUCAAAAUUUGCAAAAUGGCUGCUGUUUCAACUAAACUUUAAGUUUUCAUAAUGGAAGUCUACUCUGUGUCAAUUCAGGUUCGAGGAUUAGCUAGCGUCACUAUAUAUCAUAUCAGUAUUAGUUUCCAGGAAUAAUUCUUGCUUGGGACACGUUAAACCAAGGGUGUUAUAAAAUACACCUCAGUAAGUGUUUCUGGCAUCCGCCAUUAGGCAUUAAACCUCGAUGUAACGAGCGGCCAAGAGACUGGUCAAAUUUGUUCGCUGUAACGAGGUCUCGCUAUAUCAAGGUACCGACAGGAGGACUUUGCUAAAUAGAGGUUCGUUAUAUCGAGGUUCCACAGUACUGACUUCUACUAGCUGCAAUCAGGGGAAUGACUAAAAAAAUAUCAAUAGAUGAACACGGCUGACUUCAAGGCUAACAGGUGACAGGUAGCUACGGUUGAUCGAAAAAAUAUGUUAUAAAUUCGUUGGCAAAUUUCCCGCCAGGCUGAUGAUGUUCAUUGUAACGAUUUUGAAUAUCAAAUCUUCUAGAAGAAAACAUAAGAGUGCCGUUAGUUGAGGAGACAAUAUAAACCUCAACUACUCACCACGCUAUCUAAAAAAAAUCCCACAGCAGCAACAAGAAAAAUCAUUCCAAGUUACACGGCUUCAGCUAGUGCGUCACCAAGUUUAUCGCCAUCAGAGAGUGUCAGUGCAUCGGUUUCACCAAGCACUUCACCGUCAGUCAGAGCAAGCGUGCCACUCCUUUCAUCAGGUGAGUUUGAGGAGUUAGACACCUGGCCUUCUGUAAAAGUUCGUUCACCUUGAGCUACUAAACAUUAUUUUCAUUAGCGUUGUUGCAAAUGAAGUAGAAUAGUUCAGUGAAAGGCUAUUUUUAGUUGAUAAUGAGCGAUCUGAGGUAACCAGUUGUUCAAUUAUAUUAAAUAUAACAGCACAAGAUUGAGCAGGGGGGGGGGGCGGGGCUGGAGGAGUGGGGAGGCUAGAUUCAACCAAAGGUUAUUCUCAGAUAUUUUGAAAAGAUUUGGAACAAAAUCUCUUAUUCUCAGUAGCUGUUCAUUUUAAUGUUAGGCGUAUUUUAUGAUAAUGUAAAGUUCAUAUAUUUAAACUGCAGGAGAGAUAUUUAACAAGAUAACCGUCCCGUUUCCUAACUUCAAAAUUUGCAAAAUGGAUUGCUGUUUCUGUAGAUAUUAAACUUUACAGGUUCACAGUGGAAGUCUACUCUGUGUCAAUUCUAGCGCCAUAAAAUCGCGUUAACUAAUUACUGACAAUUUAUUUGGUUGGUUAUGUUUGAAGAUAAUCCUGUUAGUCAACAAUGCUGACUAUAGUGGGCGAAUUUGUGGGCAGAGAAGGUACACCAAUACUUUGUACACUUUGUUUGUGUCUCGCACUUUGCGUUCUACAUUUUGCGACUGUUAAAAAUACCUGUUGUUAAGGGUAGGUUAUUUAUUUUAUUUCUUUUUUCUAUAAAUCUCCGAUUCCAUGAAAACUUAAUUUGUGUUAUUUUUCAGAUCCCUGCAUAGUAACAAUUCACACAAAUCCGUUUAUUAAUAACAUGGUAGCUCCACGAAGAGUGGCAUGCUUUAGACGUGCUCAUAAUCUCGAGGAGGUACUGGGUGAUUUUGCAGGAAACACUUAUAAUGCAGUGCAAAAGUGCGCUGCAUUGGCUCGCGACAAACAUUACAUAAUGUUCGCGUUGGGGGAGAAUAGUGUGUGCCUAUCCGGAGCAGACGUUUAUAACAGAUACUAUAGCAGUGGUACAAAUAAUGCGACAUGUAUAGACGGCAUUGGCAAGGGAGAUAGUAUGUUCGUGUAUUCCUUAGGUUAGUAGUGUUUCUUUAACUACAUCGUUUGAUCGUCUAAAAGCCAAUGCAGAACUAGAGCUGCUGCAAAAACACGCGACCACAAGUCUUUCAAACAGAUCGAAACCGUGACUUCAGUGGUUACAAAAUUUUGAUUACUUUAAUAUGAUCUUACUACCAAUAAGAGAAAUGACUUGUUUAAUUGUCAUGCUUUUCCUUUGUUUUAUGGUCGAACUGUUUUUUAUGAGUAGGUUCUGCCCCGAAGUCUAACUCCAGUUACCCUUUUUAAUAUCAUUUUUGCUGACGGAAAACAAGAAACCCCUUAUUGACAAAUGGUGCCCCUUUCACAUACCUAGUCAUUUUGAGUCCCUUUUAAUUUUAAUAUAUGAAUAAAUCACAUAAUUCAUUAGAGCGUUUUCUCUACUUUUGAUCAUUUUUUUUUUCUCGUCUUAUUUUUUUUCUUUUUAAUUUCUUAUGCAGACCACUUGCCUGAUCUACAGCAAAUUGGAUGUUACAAUGACGACAAAAACCAGCGCGCCUUACGGGUUAUUUACGCAAAUUUCAGUGGUCAGAUUAACUGGACACAAGUGGAGACAGUGCAACAGUGCGCACAAGUGGCCUUCAACAGAGGUUUCGAAUACUUCGCCGUUCAGGAUUAUGGAGAAUGCUACACUGGAGACGAUGCUUCGGAAAGAAAUACCAAAUAUGACAAGAGUGACGAUUGUGUGGAGACUGACAAAAAGUCAGGAUAUAAAGUGGGCAAAGAGAACACUUUUUUUCUUUAUCGGAUACACUAG